AGCACCCCCGCCUGCGUCACUCCUGUGCUGUCGGAGUCACCGGGACCCUGACAUUUCCUCGUCAAGGCCUUCAACCCCCCCUUCCCGACCCACUCCCUCCCGGCAUCAACACUAGCCCCUGCCCGCCCCUCCCUGCCCUCCCGUGCCACCGCUUCAGCCCCACUUCUCGUCCAGGCCUCCAUCUUCCCACCCCACCCGUCACGUCAGCAGCAGCGUCAGACCCUGAGCCCCGCCCUCGGGCCGUCCCUCUGCGCCUUCUUCGUCGACGCCGUCGCUCCCCCCCUGUACGACCACCUCAGCCCCACUCAUGCCCGGCGAGCGUGAGGGCGUGCUCCCCCGACGGGACGUCAAUUGGGUGUGGCACUGGCGCCCUGUCGCCCAGGAGGUCAAGCUGAGCGACGGCUACCUGAAGAUCAGCCGGACAGGCUGCUGCUGGGGACGCGGCCCAAGUACAUCGACCUGGGCGACAAGCGCAUCUGUGUGGCGGCCCGCAAGCGGCGAGACGACGGGCGAUACUUCAACUUCAAGAACAUCGCCAACGCGCUGCUGGUCUGGUACGACGACACCGGCAAGAAGGGCACCAUGGACUUCGACACGUGCAGCAGCACCGAGUGAGUGAGGAAAUGAUCAAUGGCGCGCGUCUGACACACGGGUCUAUCUUAUCGCGAUUGUGCGUGUCUGUGUGGGCGUGUGACAUCAGGCUCAUAGCCCUCUACGACGGGGCAAGAGGGCCGAAGGCCUGCUUCGAGUGCAGGGACUCCGCCGAGCUGGACGAGUGGUACAACCACAUCAAGUGGGUGGUGCACCACGAAGCCGUUGACAACUUGGUUCGCUUUCAAUACAUACUUGCAAUCCUCACUUACAUAACCUCAUUUCUCUCUCUCUCUCUCUCUGUGUCCGUUUCAUUUCCCCAAUCUGUCUGUCUGCAGAUGUUGGAGACGUUCAACGAAGGCGGUGUCCCUGCCGUCCUGCAGUCAACGGCCCUUCAACAACUGGCAGCUCUCCCAUCUGCCCAACCAGCCAUUCAGGCAAACCACGUCGACACCGUUCCUGCUGCUGCUGCCGCCGCCGCCGCCGCCGCCCCGGUGGACGACGCCGCAUCCCACACAUCCCGCCGCAGCUCCCUCUCCCUCGCCGCCGGCAUGCUCAUCAUGCCGGCCUUCCGCGGCAUCGGCAGCAAUGAGGCCAUCGACAAGCGAGUAGCGGAGCUGGUCGGCAGCCGCAGCAACAACAAGAAGGCCUUCAAGGGCAAAGGGGAGGCUGUGGCCGCCCGAGCAUCGUCCGUCGGUGAGGAUUGGGACACGCUGUGUGCCGAGGCGACGAGCGUCAGGCUCUCUGCUGAAGACACGCAGAAGGCUGCGGCCGUGGCAGCCUCACGAGGCGAGAGCUGGGACGAUCUCGGCCGCCAGACGGCCUGAAUUGUGGGAACCGGACACACACACACACAGGUGUGUAGGGGUGAGUGUGGGGAUGGGUGUGGGCUGAGUGCAGUGCUGCGCUUGUGUGUCUGUUGGUAUCGGCUGUUCUGUGAGCAAUUUGUUAGAUGAACACACACAAAGAGGCAAAGCAAGCGGAGAGUCAGACAGAAAGGGGACCGGUGCGGGGUCAGUGACGCAUCGACGGAUCGAUGGAUGGAUGGAUGGAUGGAUGGAUGGGCGUAUGUAAUGGGGCUGUCUGUCGGGGCUCUUUUUCGUUUGCGCCUGCCUGCCUGCCUGCGAUUCAUAACAAUUCGUCUCUGCGAUCGACUGGCCGGCCAGCUGCUGUCCAUGCAUUUGCCGUCAUCUGAUCUGGUGAAAGAGGGAGACAGAGAGGAAUGAGAGAGGCUGUUCUGUGCACACAACAAGACGACAGAUGCGUAUAGUCAGUCCCCUCAGUAUGAGCGUGGGAGUGCCGUGCCUUUUGCCUGCCUGCCUGGUUAUGUGGUUGCAUUCAACGCGAUUGUGUGGGUGCCUGGCUGGCCGGCUGUAUAUCUGCUGUGAUCUCAUCUGAUGUGUGUGCGUAUGAGUGUGUGAGGGAGAGAGGGAGGGAGGGAUUCAGGGAGAGGGAGGAGGGAGGGCAGGCUGUCCUGUGAACCAAAUGAGAGAUGCGCACACCCACCGAAUGAUAAUGAUGGAUGGAUGAAUGGAUGGCAGUCUUUUUCGCUUUUCGCGUUUCGUGUUCUGUGCUAUGAUUGGCUGUGUUUGUUGCUCUUGGUCGACUGGCUGGCUGGCUGGCUGGCUGGCUGGCCGGCUGCUGCCCAUACAUUUGCCGUCAUCUGAUCUGGUGUGAGAGGGCGAGAGAGAGGGAAAGGGAGGAGAGAGGCUGUUGUGUGCACAACGAGACGACAGAUGGACACACCACGAAAGGAUUGUUCUGGUAUGUUUGGUCGUAGGCAGGAUGCGUAUAGUCCCCUCAGUGAGUGUGGGAGUGCCGUGCUUUUCGCCUGCCUGGUUAUGUGGCACGUGGUCUGUCGCCCAGCGACCUCUGCGUGUGUUAAUCCUAUGCUCUCCGUCAGAUUUGGCCAGGGGGCGGGGGGGCUGGUGGACAACUGACUUGCACCUGUGCUGUGCUAUGCUGUGCUGUGCUGUCUGUCUGAUCAUCAAGAGAGUAAGUCGUUGAUUGUCUGGAUUCUGCUUUUGUGUGUGUGGGUCGAUUAAGUGAAUGGACUUAAGCCAUGUGGUGUGGACGGACGACUGCAUGGCACAUCUGUGGAUGGUCCAGACAGACAGACAGACAGGCAGCCCAACGAACCAUGAAGGCAGACCCAUGGGUUUUCAAUCAAUGCGCAUGC